AUCAAAUUGAUUUUUCUUAUCACAAUACAACGAUUAUGGUCCACAUGGUACUUGAUAAUAAUGUUUUAGUUUAGAAUUGCUCACACCGGAGUUGUGUUAAAUUACAUAUUAACAUGGACUUCAUUAUUGACACGGUCGGGGAUGAUGGUCUCCAAGUAAAAACAGAAUUAUUGAACCAAGAAGAUAAACUUUUUGUAGACACAGAGAAUAGAACUGAAGAUAUUCUAAGUUUGUUUGAAAAGAAACGUGAAGAAUUAGAUAAGCUAGAAACAGAGGAAGAAGAAGUACAAAAUAAGUUGACAGGCCUUAAAAUAGACAAUAUUUUUGAAGAAUUCUUCAAUGAAAUGGGAUGGAACAGAUCAAUAAUUAUGCAAAAAGAGAAAAGAAAUAAAAAAUUUCAUUUUGAACAAUUGGACAUUGAAACUGGCAAACUAAAAUCUAAUCUAGGAUCCGUUGAUGUUGACAAAGAAAUGCAGAAAUCUGUAUUGCAGCCAGGAAUAGAGAAGGCACAUCGUUUGCCAAGAUAUGAUAUCAGCGAUAAAAAAUUAAGAGCACAGAGAAAGAAACAACGAGAAAAGACCAAGGGACCAAGAUGGUUCAACAUGAAAGCACCUGAAAUGAAUGAAGACUUGAAGAAUGACUUGCAAGUUCUCAAAAUGAGAUCUGUCAUGGAUCCAAAACACUUUUACAAGAAAAAUGAUAUGGAAGUGCUUCCAAAAUAUUUCCAGGUUGGUAGAAUUGAAGAUUCUGCUUUAGACCAUGUCAAUGAGCGUAUGACAAGAAAACAAAGAAAGAGAACUAUGGUAGAAGAAUUAUUAGCAGACGCAGAGUUCCAGAAGUACAAUAAGAAGAAAUACAAGGAGAUAAUAGAAGAUAAGAGAAAAUCUGAAUAUAGAACAUUUAUGAGAGAUAAGCGCCAAAAGAAUAAAUCUGAAUUAAAAAAGAAUAAACUAAAAGACAAGAAAUCUCGUACCUGA